UCUUCAACCAUAAAAUGAAAGAACUACCAGCUGCCCACUGGUUCCGGGAUUAUUCAAACUUUGCGGUUUGCGCUUUGUCAGCGUCACAGUGACUUUUUUGUAUUGUUCAGGCUUUUUUCUACACUAUUUUUAUGCAACUUAUUCCCAGCUGCGCCUAAAUGGUCACAAAUCAGCAAUACUCAUGCGGUACCAGUUGGACUAUCAACGAGUUUAAUGCGAACAACAAGCAACGGGUAAUACGAAAAUUUAUUAAUUCGGCGAUUUACGUGGAAAAGGAGAUUCCGAACAUGCGGCCUCAACGAAAAACCAGUCCGUUGGCCGUUUUGGACCAGUUUGAUGACGACGGGAGCUCGACAAGAUCGUCUGGUACAUUGGUGGCAUCGCAUCACCCCCAUAAUAUCAUCAAAUCGAGUACAUUAACCGAGAACGGGAGAUUUUCUAAUAAAACUCCAGAGAGUGGGUACAGAACGAUGGAGCAGUCGUCGAACUCUUCAAACGAACAGUCCGAGAGCAGUUUCCACAGUGGAGCCACUGUCAAAGACUUCAAAUCGCAGCCAAUCCAGAGGCCGAACAGUGAACUGAGACUGUCUUUGUCGUGCCUGAACACCAACAGAACAUGCACCUUAGAUCCGAAGGAAAAGGAAGAGAUCGUUCAAAGCUGGAUUGCGAAAAAGGAGCUGGAAACUAGACGUAAAGCUUUGCAAGUGGCUAAGCUCAACAAGCUAAAAGAAGAGGAGCGUCUUGGACUAAUUGAGAAAGAACGAGAAAAUUUCAGAAACUGGUUAAGUGAAAAAAAGAAGGAGGAAGAGAAAAAACGCAUGGAGAAGGAACUGGCAGCGGAAGAAUUGAGGCUGAAGCAGAUUGAAAAAGACAAGAAAAAGGUGGAGAGUGAUAUUAGCUACAACAUGUGGCUGAGGAGAAAAAAGAAAAGCGAUUUAGAAAAAAGAAUUUCGGAAAAGCUGACACUUCUUCAAACGUAUGCAGAAAAACAGAAGAGAAUGGAAGAGAACGAAAUGGCCUAUCAAGAAUGGCUGGAAGGCUCAAAGAACAGACAAAAGCCGAUUCCAAUGAACAGAGGAUUACAAAGUUUACGCUCUUCUGCGUCCGUAACAUACAUCAACCCUGUUCCCUGGGCCCCAAACAUUGAUCCCAAUUUUAAACCAGUAUCUCACUUAACGAAUAUUUAGGGCUUAUUUGUAAUAAAUACUUCAUCAUAUCAUC